AGUCAGGGUUGGGACAGUGACACUGUUCUGGAACACUCUAGAACCUCUAGAAAAAGGGCUAGAAUCCAGGUCACAGAGCAUUCUGAAGCCUUUCCAGCCCAGGUGGGGCACGCCCCCCCAAACAGGCCUCAUGUGGAUGCUGAUACUAGGUGGGGUUUUCCUGGCAGCCGCCCAGGCCUGUGUCUUCUGCCGCCUCCCAGCCCAUGACUUGCUGAGCCGCCUGGAUCGGCUCUGCAGCCAGAUGGAGGUCCAGUGGGAGGCAUGUGAGGCCUCUAGAGACUUCUCAGCCUUUGCCUUAGAUGAAGUAUCCAUGAACAAAAUCACAGAGAAGACUCACAGGGUCCUGAGGGUCAUGGAGAUCAAAGGGUCUUUCUCCUCACUCCCUUUAUAUUGGGAAUGGCUUCACAAUACCAAGCUCCCAGAGUACACCAGGGAAGCUCUCUGUGCACCCGCCUGCCAUCGGGUCCUGCUAUCUCCUGCAGGGGGCAGCACCACCCUGUACAACUGCUCCACCUGCGAGGGCGUGGACGUGCACUGUUGGCCCCGAAAGCUCUGCUUCCCAGGUCCUUACUCACUGCCCCUGUUUGCCCCUCGCACAAGAUCCCUGAACCUUAGGCCCCCCCGCCCGUCCCGGCAGGCGUGGCCCCUAGGACAGCUCAUGCCUCCGGGGUUCCCUUCAGGAAGUCACGAUCUUUGGGAAGCCCGGAUUCUGCUCUUCUCUGUCUUUGUUGCUGUCCUGCUUCUGAGUGUUCUGAGCCUCGUGGUGGAGUAAGUUGAGGGACCAGGCAGGAAACGGCCUCACCACCCCUCCCGGUGCCUUCUAUCCCUUCCAGUCCUCCCAGCACCCACCUUGCCUCUGCCUUCCCAGCCCCUUUCCUGGUGGAGUAAGUUGAGGGACCAGGCAGGAAACGGCCUCACCACCCCUCCCGGUGCCUUCUAUCCCUUCCAGUCCUCCCAGCACCCACCUUGCCUCUGCCUUCCCAGCCCCUUUCCUUUGCUCUCCUAGGCCACUGUUUUCCCUCAGGUCCCGCCAACUCCAGGCAAAAAGUGGCUUGUGAAGAUGCUGACAGCCGCCCAGGCUCCCAACCUCCAGCUCUAAGGGUGUGUGUCCACAACUUUCACUUCCCUUGGGGAGCACCUAGCCAGCCCCUUAGUCCCAGCCCCAAAGGUUCCAUUUUCCAUUUAUUUCCAGCCCUCAAAACCCAGACAUCCCUUAAUCCCAGCAUCAGAUGGCUUCCGGGGACCCAGACACCCACGCUGGAAAGUUCCUCCCCUCCAGCCCUCAACCAAUCAUACAGGGGCAGCCAACAAUGCCAGGAAAAUAUUUACCAAGGAAAGAAUCCCCUCCAGGAACACCACCACUCCCACACCCCACACCCCCUUCUGCCUGUUCCCGGAAAGCAGGCUGUCUGCCCCAGAAACUGCUCUGGGCCUUCCCAUAACUGAUUGGGAAUCUGGGAAUGAUUGUUCUGGAAAGCUCCCUCCCUCUGGAGUAAGGGCACAUCAGUCAGUCUGCUGGCAUGCUGUCCCUCCAUUGUGUUAGCCUUGUGAGGCCCUGGCCUCCUGGGAGGCCUCCCUGCUGCCAGGCCCAACUAAACCUGCUGUGGAUGGCUUCCACCUGCCUGGCCUCUGUCUGCAACCCAGGAGGGCUGAGGAAAGGCACAGUGGUUCUCAAUUGGGGAUGAGUGUACACCCCUGGAGACAUUUGGUGACAUCUAAAGAUAUUUUUUUACUUUUUCUACUUGGGUUGUGCUACUGGUAUCUAACGGGUAGAGGCCAGAGAUGCUAAACAUCCUACACAGGACAGCCCCCCCGCCCCCACACACACACAACAAAGAAUUCUCCUGUCCAAAAUAUCAAUAGUGCCUCAGUUGAGAAACCCUGGCGUUUGGUCCCCUGCCUGUCACAAGUUUUUGGUUGGGGGCCGAGAGAAGGGAAUGAAAAAAAGAGGCCUGUCAUCAACCAUCAGACUUUCAACAAGAUGGACUGACACAGUGGCUGCAACAAUGGGCUCAAACACAGCAACGAUUGUGAGGAUACUGCAGGACCUGGCAGUGUCUCAUUCUGUCGUACACAGAGUUGCUAUGAGUCGGAACCGACUCAACUGCACCUAACAAUAACGACAAUCAUUGACCAUAGGCCUCAGUCCAAAGGCCUAGGCCUGAGGGGACCUUAGCCCAGUGGUCUUCAAACUGGGUACCUGGAGGCUCCAGAGCAGGGAUUCUCCACCAGCUGCACAUUGGGCUCACCUGGGCAGCAUUGAAAACUAGCCAUGCUGGGCCCCACCUCCAGAGAUUCUGAAUUCAGUGGUCUAGGGUGGGGCCUGGGGUAGUCUCACCUACAGUCAGGGUUAGAACCACUACUCUGGGGGUACCCGUAGAGGCUCUGGGGAUGAGGAGAUAGACCCCACCCCUUCCAACAGAGUUCUUCCCUUUUUGUUUCACAUUCUAGUUCAAUCCUUUCAUUUUACACACAAAAAAUAAAUGAGGCCCAGAGAGCAGUGACUUGCCCAAGAUCAUAUAACAACUCAUUUAUUCAUUCUGUAAAUACUUAGUGAGUGCCACCAGGUGCAAGCCAGCAUUAUAUUGCCCAAGCUGAAUAAGACCCCACACGCCCCAACUGCCUGGGCACCGUAGUGCUCUUGGGGACUGUACUAGCUGCCUAUGCCCUCCCAUGUUGUACCUUCUUUCCAGGGUAUAAUCUUUCUGGUUUGUCCUUGUUUUCACUCCCAGCAUUCAGUGGGUCAACAAGUCCUGCCCAUUCUUAAGGGCCCUCUAUCCUAUUUGUCCCCUCCCCUGCCCACUCUAGAACCUUCUCACAGUGGACCCCAGUCUCCCAGAUGUGCCACCUGAGUCUGCCUGUUCCCAUUUCAACCCACACUGCUCACAACCUCCUGUCGAGCAUCAGAUGAUGGUUAAGAACUUGAGCUCUGGAGUUGGGCUGCCUCAUUUCAAAUCCUGGCUGUGCUCUCACUGGACCUUGAACAAGUUAAUUUAACCUCUCUGGGCCUCAGUUUCUUCAUCUUUAAAAUGGAGAGAUUAAUGUGUUUCAUUGAUUGUAUUUUUUUUUUUUUUUUGCAUUUUAACCUCUCUGAAGUCAGAAGGCAUCUUAUAAUUGAAGGCAUGUCGUGGUUUAAUUUAUGGCAUUUUGUCCUUAAAACCCGUUGCCAUUGAGUCAAUUCUGACUCAUAGUGACCCUAUAGGACAGAGUAGAACUACCCCAUAGAGUUUCCAAGGAGCACCUGGUAGA